GAAAGCCCCUGUCGUCUCAACCCCGAGGCUGAAAUGGCUGCUUGGUUGUGUUACUAUUCUUUUAACUACUUUUAUUCUCUAUGUAUUUUUGUACAACGAACCCAGGGCUACCGUUUUAGCUUAUCCACAACCGCAAGUUAAUAUAAUUCCGAACCAACUUGAUAAACAUUCAGUACACAAAGAUGAAUGUGAUAGAUCAAAGCCAUUGGUUGUUUGGAAACCAAAGGGACGUCUUGGUAACAUUAUAUGCGAGUACGUUCAUCUACUCAAGUUGGCGGAUUUCUUCUCGGUGGAUAUAAGGACGUCGGUGAGCAUGCACGAAGCCCUCGCCCCCAUCUUCCCCCACCUGUCAGUGAAGACGCCUUCGAGCCCCUGCGAGUCUGAGCGCCUGAAGCACGUCGCUUGGAUUACCUACCCUAAAGCCCGGGAACGCUUGCUCAACCAAACCAACAGGGCCGAGCUGCUAGUCAUUUGGGACACUCCGUGCGACGUGAUGCAGAUCUGGCAGUCCAGACUUCAAUGGCUCAGUGAAUUCAUUGUUAAUUCUGAACUGAAGGAAGCUGCAGCUCUUCGGCUUCAGAACAUGACGCGCAAUGUGGAAUCUUUGAAGAAUUUCACUGUGGAUGACGACACCACGUUGGUCGGCAUCCACGUGCGCAGGAGCGAUUACUGGACGGUGCUGGAUAAGUACAAUUUCGGGGGAGUCUUACCACGCCAAUACUACGAGGCUGCCUUCAAAUACUACAGAAAACGAUUUGAGAAGCCUCUAUUCAUCGUUAUCACGGAGCCAGGCGAGUACGAUUGGUGCAGAGAGAAUCUGUCCAAGAAUUCGCGAGACGUGAUUUUAGCCGAUGACAGACGCUCACCGGAAGAGGAUUUAAUCCUCCUAUCCUCUUUUGCCCACAUCAUUUAUUCCCAUGGAUCUUUCGGAGUGUGGGGAAUAUUGCUGUCGGAGGCAGAAACGGUUGCAUAUCCGGAUCACAAAAACGAUGGGGAUAAAGUACGGUAUCCGCCUCACCAAGCUUUUGAUGAAAUAGGCAAAAUGCAAAAUAGAACCGAAUAUAUAACUAUAAUGUACAAAUCCGGAGAAGAAUGAAACCUGUGAUGUUUUAAGUUGACAUUUUUAAAACUAUAAAAUGCUUUUAGAUUCCACUAUCGCGAAAAAAAACAAGUGUGAAGAAUGUGAAGAGGUCAACUAUAAUUAAACCGAACAAGUGUGCUAGUAGUUCCUAUUCUCGAUUAGCGGAACGAAUGGGGGACUGUCCUGUGAUAUUGUUUUACGUAUAGUAUUUUAAAUAAGAUUUGGAUUGGUACAAGGGUCUGAUUGUAUGGUAAGCACUAAUAAAAUCCUAUUUAGCUGCAACCUGCAAGGCAUCAUGUUUGCUAUUGAUUUUCACUAGGAUACGAUAUUUGGGAUACAUUAUUAUAUAUAUUUUCACUAGGAUCUGAUAAGAUUUUGUUAUGUGAACGAUUUAACGAAAAAUUCACUCGUUAUGAGAGGUCACUAUGUCGAAAGAAGCAGUGUGAAUGCAUUUAUCUCGUACAGCGAAAAUUAUUUAUAAAGUUUUUUUUUAUGUGGCAAUGGAUUUCGUUUGUCGUCCGAGGGCAAAAUCGUGUCACUAACGGUAAAUUUUAUAGCUAAACUAACAAUUAUGAAGUUCAGAACGUUUUGCAUGACUUGGAAGUAUUAUUUCUGAUUCUGAAAAACAUAAAUGCCAGUUUUAUUUCUUCUAUAAGUGAUAAUGCAUUCGUUAACAAAACAAACGUGCACGUGUGGGUCCUCAAUUAUUUAUUUAAGCCCUUACUGACUCGCAAUAGGAGAUAGAAGCUAUAAUCUUUUUGUGCCCAAACUGAGAUGCAUAAUGUUUUUGUUUUGAUACUUAAGGGCAUUUUUUCCUUUUCAAUUUUGGUUGUAAAUAUUUCGAAGGUUUUUAAUGUUGUAAUUACUGUAUGAUCGGAAAGUUUGUUAUGCAGGUGUGUCGCUAUUUACAGUAGUUUAGUAUCAGCUUAGAUGAGGCCGAAGCUCGACACUUGGCCGAUUUGGACAUUAUAUUGUCACAACUAGUUACGGGUUCCGAACAACCAAGUCCUUUCUCCAAUACUUAUGGUCAACCACAAGUGGUACCCUAGACUUUGCCACCGUUCUUGUGCGUAAUAAUUUAUAACUAUAGUAUAAUAGUACAUUGAAAUUUAACUUAUGCCUAGUACGGUAACCAUUAGCAUAAUAGCAAAUUUGUGCAUAAUCUGUUUAGGUUUAUCUUGUGUUAAUUGAUUUCAAAUGUUCAGGGCGCAGUGGAGCAGGGGAAAAAUAUUGUAAAAUAUAAAAUCGAUUUGUACUUAUUGACCCAUGAAACGGAAUUAGCGAUGCAGCCGCUUAUUCUAUGUCUAUGAUGUUUUAUGCUGUAUCGACAUAAAAUAAGUCGAUUAUAAGUUUGUUGGUUAUCAUACAAGAAAAUUCUAAUCAAAAUUC